GGAAGUGACGUAAGGCGUAGCGGAAGUCCCUGCAGCCGUGGUGUUGUGCUGUGGGGAAGAGAGACGGAUUUGUAAACCCGGAGCGAGGUUCUGCCUACCCGAGGCCGCUGCUGUGCGGAGACCCCCGGGCGAAGCCACCGUCGCCAUGUCUGACCAGGAGGCAAAACCUUCAACCGAGGACUUGGGGGAUAAGAAGGAAGGAGAAUACAUUAAACUCAAAGUCAUUGGACAGGAUAGCAGUGAGAUUCACUUCAAAGUGAAAAUGACAACACAUCUCAAGAAACUCAAAGAAUCAUACUGUCAAAGACAGGGAGUUCCAAUGAAUUCACUCAGGUUUCUCUUUGAAGGUCAGAGAAUUGCUGAUAAUCAUACUCCAAAAGAACUGGGAAUGGAGGAAGAAGAUGUGAUUGAAGUUUAUCAGGAACAAACGGGGGGUCAUUCAACAGUUUAGAUACUCUUUUAAUUUUUUUCUUUUCCUUCAAUCCUUUUUUAUUUUUAAAAAUAGUUCUUUUGUAAUGUGGUGUUCAAAACGGAGUUGAAAACUGGCACCCCAUCUCUUUAAAACAUCUGGUAAUUUGAAUUCUAGUGCUCAUUAUUCAUUAUCGUUUGUUUUCAUUGUGCUGAUUUUUGGUGAUCAAGCCUCAGUCCCUUUCAUAUUGCCCACUCCUUUUUAAAAAUUACAUGUGUGCACAGAGAGGCCACUGUUUUCAGGACUGUGCAUUUUCAGGCUUGUGAUAAAUAAGAUCGACCAAUGCAGGUGUUCAUAAUGACUUUCCAAUUGGCCCUGAAGUUCUAGCAUGUGAUUGCUUCACUCCUGGACUGUGACUUUCAGUGGGAGAUGGAAGUUUUUCAGAGAACUGAACUGUGGAAAAAGACCUUUCCUUAACAUGAAGCUACUUGUCAAAUUUGAGGGUCUGGACCAAAAGAAGAGGAAUAUCCAAGUUGGAGUCAAGAUGACAGAUAAGGUGAGAGUAAUGACUAACUCCAAAGAUGGCUUCACUGAAGAGAAGGCAUUUUAAGAUUUUUAAAAAAUCUUGUCAGAAGAUCCCAGAAAAGUUCUAAUUUUCAUUAGCAAUUAAUAAAAUUAUUCAUGCAGAAGUGUAUACAAUAGAACACUGCUCUUUUUGAUUUUAUUUGUACUUUCUGGCCUGGGAUAUGGGUUUUAAAUGGACAUUGUCUGUACCAGCUUCAUUAAAAUAAACAAUAUUUGUAAAAAUCA